GUAUGUUUCUUCAAAAUUCAAUCUGUGGAAGAGGUGGACAUGGAGCUUGGAAUUGCUUUCACCGCUUUGAUCGACCACAGCUUCUUCCUCAGAUGCAGCUCCUAUACCAUACUUUUUAGAUAAUGGUGCAGAAAUCUCAGGAGCUUUUCCUUCAAGAUUUUACUAAAGGUGGCAUAUAUGUCUUUGAUGAUCUGUUUGUCCCCAAAUCUAUUUCUUCCAUACCAAGAAUUCCUGCUUGUCUGUACACUAACGACAAUAUUAGCCUCAAUUCAGCACCUUUCAGAUCAUAUAAUAAUAGUUUUCGCUAUAAUAAUGUUCCUUUCUUGAAUACUAAUGGCAAUUAUGACUUUAGUUUAGUAUCUUCUAGUUCAUAUAAUAGCAGUUCUGGUUGUAAUGGAACCUUUUUGAAUCAAGAUUCAUCAAUAAAGAGAACUUUGGCUACUGCAUGUAAUAGAUAUAGUGACUUAGAAUUGUGGCACAAGAGACUUGGUCACACUACUAUGCAAAAUGUUCAGAGAGUUUUACAUCAAUGUAAUAUUAAAAGUUCAUCCAUGAAAUCUGUUAAUAAUAUUUGUGAAUUAUGUUCAAUGGGAAAAUUACAUGCCUUACCUUUUCAUUAUUCUAAUUCAAUUAUUUAA